GUCGACGCGACUCUCACCGUCAUCGACUACUCGACAAAAUGCUGCGCCUCCUCCAUCCCCUGCGCCGGGCCGUGAGCCACCCGAAGCCGCGGCGGGCUCACCUGUCGACCAUGGUUCCCAAGGAGUACGAUCUUAUUGUGAUUGGAAGUGGACCUUCUGGGCUACAAUGUGCUCUUGAAUCGGCCAAAAUGGGCAAGUCUGUCGCGAUUGUUGACAAGUCGGAAGAAAUUGGCGGAGUCUGCGUGCAUACGGGAACGAUUCCGUCCAAGACGUUUCGCGAAGCAGUGCUGCAUCUGUCUGGUUUUAACCACCACGGAUUCUACGGCAAGUCGUAUUCUCGGGAGCGCAUUACGCUGAGAGACAUACUUCACCGCGUGAACGUGGUUGUGUCGUCGGAAAUGGACGUGAUUCGCGCUCAACUCAAAGCUGCACAUGUCCAAAUCAUUCCAGGGAAAGCGCGAUUUGAAAACGCCAACGAAGUGUCGGUGGCAACGGAACCUGUCGGCAGCGAAGCCACAAUCUACCGCGGCCAAAAGUUUCUGAUUGCGUGUGGCACAUACCCCGCCCACAGCCCUGUCGUACCAGUCGACGGCGAAGUGAUCUUGGAUAGCGACGGCAUUCUGGACGCCUCCAAAGGCGAAUUGCCCAGGUCAUGGAUUGUAGUCGGCGCCGGUGUCAUUGGCAUGGAGUACGCUUCGAUGUUGAACGUCCUGCCCGGUGUGUCCGUCACGGUGGUCGAUGGUCGACCAGACAUUCUCACGUUUUGCGACGACGAGAUCGUGAGUGCCCUCAAGAUGGAGAUGCGGCACAAAGGGGCCCGGUUCCUCCUUGGCGAGACGAUUCAAUCCGUCAAGCGUGUGCGGAAAGGAGUCCGAGUGGACUUUGCCAGCGGCAAGUCGAGCUUUGCCGAAGCGCUGCUGUACUGCGUCGGCCGGCAGGCCAACACGGAUACACUCAACUUAGAAGGCGUUGGGCUGUCCAAAAACAAGCGAGGGCUGCUGUCUGUGAACGAGCAGUACCAAACGACCCAACCGCACAUUUUCGCGGCGGGCGAUUGCAUUGGCGCGCCGUCGCUGGCGUCGACGAGUUUGGAGCAAGGUCGCUUGGCAGCGUGUGCAAUGUGGCGGCACGAAGACCAGCCCACGAGUCAACUGGACAGCGGCAACUACCCGUAUGGCAUUUACACGAUUCCAGAGAUCUCGAUGGUGGGCAAGACUGAACAGCAGCUGACCAAGGAAGGCCGGAACUAUGCUGUUGGUGUGGCCAAGUACUCGGAGCUGGCCAAGGGCAUGAUGGCGGGUGGCCAGAAAGGCGCGCUAAAGCUGCUCUUUGACCCGGAUUCACACAGUGUGCUUGGUGUCCACGCGAUCGGACAAGGCGCGACGGAGAUUAUCCACAUCGGACAAGUCGCGAUGGCGAUGAACUGCAAACUCACAUACUUUCGGGAUGCCGUGUUCAACUACCCGACUCUGGCCGAGGCGUAUCGUGUCGCAGCGUUGAAUGGGCUGGGUCGGUUGACCAAGGAGCUGUAGAACCGAUGCAUGGUGCCGACCACAAAUUUGAGUCGAGCGCACGUUUCCACCUCGCGCGAAAACGCUCCUCGUUGAGGGGGUGGAUGGGA